UGUCCACUCUAACAGGAUGGUUUUCAGUGCAGUGAUAGCGUUCGCUGAAAAAGCUUUCGUGGGAUUAAGUUGCUUUUUAUGUUUCGUUGUGAUUCUGGUGCUGUGCGAUCUCGUCAGGAAAAGGCGCAUCUUCAAGUUUGCCAGGGAUUUCAAAGGAUACAGAUUUUAUCCUGUCUUUGGAAACGGAUAUUACACGAUUGGGAAAGACAUAUUCUCAGUUAUUGAAAAUCUCAAAAAGGAACAUGGCCUACCCUGUAACUUGUGGAAUGGCCAUGAUUAUCAUUACGUUACAGCAGAUGCUUCGGAAGUAAAAGUGGUCCUGAAUCACCCCAGUACAUUUGACAAGGGUGCUAUUUAUGAUAAUAUUAAGAUAGCUUUCGAAAAAAGUAUCCUUCUUGCAAAGUAUGAUCAGUGGAAAAGGAAUCGCAAGAUAUACUCUAGAAGUUUCAGCCAGCCAAUUUUAAACAGCUUCGUAGACGUGUUCUACGACAAAGCUUGUAUAUUAGUUGAAAUACUCAAAAAAAGCCAUGAAAGGGAUGUGUACGACGUCUUCUGCAGGCUUUCCCUGGACAACUUUUGCGCAAACGUGAUGGGUCUUGAUCUGGACGUCCAAAGGAUUAUAAAUGAUAGACUGGUACCACUCAUAGAUAGAUUGCAAACAGGAGCAGGCAAACGAAUGUUUACAUCAUAUUUUAUCCCGACAUAUUUAUAUUUUUUCACCCCUGCGGGAAGAUCUAUGCUAAGAAACUUUUUGGAGAUAAGGGAGUUCAUUUAUAACACAAUACAGCAGAAGAGGCAAGUCUUUAAGAAGGAAAAAGAUUUUAGGGAAAACAGCAACAAGUUACCCUUAAUGGACAUGAUGUUGGAAGCAGAAGGGAAGAUAUUUUCAGAUGAAGACAUAUUUCAGGAGAUUGUCUUAUUCUUGUUAGCGGCGAUGGACACUUCCGGAGUUACACUUUCCUUUGCAUUCACAUUAUUUGGAAUGAAUCCCGAAGCGCAGGAAAAAAUUUACCAAGAAGUAAAUCAGACUGUGGGUUGGGAACGUCCAAUAUGCUAUAGCGACUUGCCAAAUUUAAAAUACACUGAGAGGGCCAUAUUUGAAGCCAUGAGACUUCUUCCAGUGACUCCCGCCAUCGAGAGAUACGCCGCAACUGAUGUAGACUUGGGUGACAAGAAGAUUCCAGCUGGCACUAAUAUACUGAUUAGUGUCUUCAAUCUACAUCGAUCUGAGACCUACUGGAAAAAUCCUUUAGAAUUUAACCCAGAUAGGUUUCUACCAGAAGAAGUUGCUGAGAGGCACCCAUACGCAUUCAUUCCAUUCUCUGGCGGACCACGAAACUGUAUAGGUAUGAAGUACGCACUGAUGAUGAUGAAAACUACUGUGGCCCAUGUGAUAAGAAACUACGAGAUUAAAUCUAAACAUAAGUCUGUAACAGAUAUGGACUUUGAGUCAUUUAUAACAAUGAAAACUCUUCACGAGCUAGAUUGUACCUUCAUUCCAAGAUGCCAUUAAAAUAAUAGGUUUUAAUAAUUAGUUUUGUUUUUAAGGUAACAUUGUUAACG